GGAAAAUCGAGCGAAAACUAUUUUAAACUCGAAAUAAGCGAGAACUAGAACUAAGAACCCUAAAAAAGGGAGAGAUUGUGAAAAUGGAAGGCAGCGAAAGCGAAGCAAUUUUCGAUUCUCUUAACCUAAAUCCCCAGCUUUUCAUCAAUGAAACGCUGAACACAGUUGAUGAUCUCCUCAACGAUGCUUUCGAUUUCUAUCUCCAAGAGGCUUCCAAACUUUUGAAAACCGAUGGUAGCGACCGUUCCCAUGAUCUAACUAAGGGUAUUAAUUAUAUAUGCAAUAUGAUUCAAUCAAGUUUGGAUAAGCGACUUGCGAUGUGGGAGUACUGUCUUCGCCAUUGUUUUAUGAUUCCUGAAGGUUUUUCUUUACCCAAAAAUGUUGGGGGAGAGACUGCAGUGAACUUAAAGAAUUUGAAAUACAGUCUGUUUCAAGAGGGCAUUUUGCUGGACUUAUUAAUGAGGCACUGCAAAUAUAUGAAGACACCUCUGUGCAUGACAUGUUUCAAGGUAAUUUAAGUUGCCUAGUACUGC